AUUUAUCCUGAGUAUGGAGUAGUCUCAAGUUUUCGAAUUGUACUCAAGACCCCCAUCUACAAUCUCAUGCAACAAGGUUUCAUUCGGUCCAAGCGAGCAUAAACACCGACCAGAAGCAAUCAGGUGGUGGUGAUAUACAGACAUCCAGCAAUGCCUUCCGCAGGCUCGAAGACUCUGUCCCUUCGGGGGCUCUACAAUUUUCAAUGCCCGCGGCCCCAGGUACAAACGUAUAACAAGACACACCUUCCAUCAAUUCACGGCUUGAAGCCCUCGGUGUCUCACCGCCACAUUAGCCAUCAGCAACAGCCGCUAGCCUCAUGCUUCGUUCUUCCUUCGCAAAGUCGCCGGAAUUCUUCCCAGCUAGCUCGUGCGAUCGGGCCGCGCCCGGGUACUGCAGCAGAAACCUACGUUGCUUACGGAAUGACGCAAAAACUACUCGAAGCCUGCUCCAAACAAGCAGACUACAAGAUACCUCAGUUGUCUCAGAAGGGGGCUCAGGUGCCCAAGACAAGUGCCGGGGAAGACUUGGGAGUAGGUGAAGGAUGGUGGUAUGAAGAAUUGGGCCUCGUUCCUACUUUCUCAACAUGGUCGCAGGUUACGUUCCUGCACAUGUACCUAUUGACGGUCCGGUUGCGCGCGUUGCCGUCGCAUGACAGCCUUCAAACCUACUCACGGCACUUAAUCGAUCACUUCUCACAUAGUGCCGAACAUCGCAUGGAUGUGCUUCACGGAUUGACGAGCCGCGGUAUACGCAAUAAGUUUCUCAAGGAUCUUUUUAUCCAGUGGCGCGGUGUUUUGGCAGCCUACGACGAAGGUCUAAUCAAAGGAGAUGCAGUGCUGGGAGCUGCCGUUUGGAGAAACCUCUGGAAGGCGAGCCAUACUGCACCAGACGGUAAGGACUUGGAUUGGUCGAAGAUAGCUCAGGUCGUCGCGUAUAUGCGGCGAGUGCUCUCCGAACUCUCUCAGGUGCAUGAAGCGGAUUUGGUCUUCCAAUUGGACCGGCAAAGGAACGGGAAGCCGGGUAUUUUCUCUUAUUCCGAUGUCGAUCAAAAGAUGGUCGAUAGCAAGCGGUGACAAUGUGGGUUUGGAACUAGCCAUCGGCGCUCUUUUGUUCGCUCUUUGUACGAAUAACCAUCAUGUCUACCUUUUAUAAUGUAACAUAUUGGGCUUGACCUU